ACUUUUAUUUAAAUUAGGUCAAGGGUUAGGAUAGGCCUUCCAGCGUAUCAAGCCCCUGCAUCUGCAUUCUGCAAGAUGGCGUGCGAAGGGGUAUGAGGGGCGAUGAGGUGGAAAGGCUGGAUGGUAACCUAUAUUAUAACGCUUUCAUUGAUGAAUCAAGGUGUUUAAACCAAAGUGUGUGUGAUGGAACAUCCAAAUUAUGCCAAGCAGCUGUUGCUGCAAAUGAACCAGCAGCGAUCCAAAGGUUACCUAUGUGAUGUCAUCAUCGUGGUGGAGAAUGCUCUGUUCCGCGCCCACAAGAAUGUCCUGGCAGCCAGCAGCAGCUACUUCAAGUCCCUGGUUCUCCACGACAACCUCAUCAACCUCGACACAGAGAUGGUCAACCCCGCUGUGUUCCGACAGGUGUUGGAUUUUAUCUACACAGGGAAUUUGGCAAACUCUGACCCCGUCAGUGACCAUAGUAUGUCCGCCCUGCUAACAGCCGCGUCAUAUCUCCAGCUGACGGACCUGGCAGCUAUGUGCCGCAGGAGACUGAAACGUAACGGCAGGACAAGCUCCAGCAAGAUUCCCACAUCCACGACUUCCCCGAUCUCCAACGGACGUUUCUCUCACCCGCAGCGUCUGUCCUCCACCCCCCUCAGGGUCACCCACAACAACCACUACCAACACUCAGGUUCCAGGGAAGUCGAAAAAAACCACAACCAGAAACAGGAUGGGCGUUUAAAGGAGGAUCUUUCAGAGGAGGAGGUGUUUAUCUCAGGCUCGCGUUGCAUGUCUCUCAGCCCUUCUGCUGGUGAUGGGGUCAACAAUGGUGUAGACAUGGGGCUUGGUCUGGGCCUGGACCUAUCCAAAAAGAGUCCUUCAGGAAGUACAGCAACAGAGGAGGUGAGCCCUAGCAGUCUCGCCCAAGGCUCGCCACCGUCUGGCUCCCCUUCUACAACCAACAGUGCCUCCUUCGAGUAUACACCCACAAACCCCACAACCGCCAGUGUCAAACCAGGUCAAGAAGCAGGAGAGGAUAAAAGGCUCCCUCAAAAGACCACCACAGACCUUCUGCAAAGGGCUGCUCACAAAAGGCCCAGACCCAGGAGCUUGGGCUCGAAGGUAGGGGAACCUAAGACACCAUUGCCAAAUGGUCUGGGAAAGAGCCGUGGCAUAGAUGGAGCAGAGCUGAGCCACAGAGGUGACAGUUUGUCACCAGAGCUGGGGGAGGGAGAUGGCGAAGAGAAUGGUCUGGAACAGAGUGAGGAGAGUGGCCAGAGCGAGAGUGAGGGUGGAAGACGAAACCAAAAAAGAAACGCCAAUUACAUAUACCGACAGCCCCAGCAGGGCUUUGAGCCCCCCUUGGGGGACAACCUGUACGUAUGUAUCCCUUGUGGCAAGGGCUUCCCCAGCUCUGAGCAGCUUAAUGCCCACGUGGACACGCAUACAGAGGACGAGCUGUAUAUCAAAAAAGAGGAGGACGAGGACGAGGAGGAAGAUGGUGUGUCACCAAAGGAAGAGGACCAAGACGACCCUGAAGACCUGAGGUCUCAAAUAAUGGAGACAGAACCAGACAUGGAUGGAUCACCACCUUGUUACAACUGUACCAUCUGCAGCAAAAGCUACAAGGACCCAGCAUCGCUACGCCAACACGAGAAGAGCCAUUGGCUGAGCCGGCCCUUCCCAUGUAAUAUCUGUGGCAAGCUGUUCACCCAGCGGGGCACUAUGACGCGGCACAUGCGCAGUCACCUGGGCCUUAAGCCCUUUGCCUGCGAGGAGUGUGGCAUGCGCUUCACUCGCCAGUACCGUCUGACGGAGCACAUGCGCGUCCACUCGGGAGAGAAGCCGUAUGAAUGUAAGCUGUGUGGUGGGAAGUUCACCCAGCAACGCAACCUUCUCAGCCACCUGAAGAUGCACUCCUCACCCAGUUAGAGACCAUGCUGGGCCAUUAGCAACCGAUUACCUCAUUGUUCGAAACCUGCUCCCGGGCAUCCAGAGUGACCUCACUAAGAAUGUACCCAUCUUUCUAAAGCCUGUCUGGCCAUGCAUCACGUGGGCCUACAUGACCUAGUGUUUCGCCAUGACCUAGUGUUUCGCCAUGACCUCACUUUUUCAGAAGCCCACCUCAAUGCAUGCAGAACAACCUCAUACCAACCUCUCACACAGGCAAACUGUUUAUGCAGAUUUUCUAUACUUGACAAGGGCAGUAUACCACCACUUUCAAACCAACCUCACAUAUAUAUAUAUACCUCAUCUAAGCCAAACAGUACAUUACUGCUCUAUAUAACUCACCCUGGCUGGACAACACUCCUCAGGUAAAACCAAAGACUCCUCCCAUCUGAAGAUUUUCUCCUUGGGAUAGAAUUUAUUUAUUUCACAUUUACUGCUUUUUUAAAUGAAGCAAAAUAUUAACCGGACCUUUAAUUGAUCAUAGCUUUGUGAAUCCAGCCAAACCUCCCCCAGGGUCUGACACCAUGGCAUAUUUAUGGCUGUGGCUAGGCAACAGGGUAUCUACCUUUUGGGGCAUAUUUUACCUCAGACGUAGGUUGGAUAUGAGACAUGCUUGUCAUUUGGACAAUAUAAGUAGUGCCACUCUACAGCUGGAUUGAGAUGACCUACAUUUAGAUGCAGACAUAAGACACUGAAUGCAUGGCAUCAUCAUUAUCAGGGAUGUUUGUAAUGCAAGUCUUUUCCUCUCAAUGUUUUUAGUCUAUCCUCAAGUCUUACGUAAAAGCCAAAUUUUGGGUUCUGGGGUUGAAGAUGGUAUUUUGUAAUGUGAAGGUGAAAUGGGAUCAUUUGACCUAAAUGAGAUUGUUAGGGGAUUCUUUAGUUUGUGGUUUUUGUGGUAUUAAUGUGUGUUUAAGUUCUCAUAUGUAGGUCUGUGAUACUCUCCGUGUUUUCUUUACAAUUAUUAUUUUAAACGCAGUAUUGUCAUACACAUGCACAGUUACCUUAUAAUUCCUCUUUCAAUUGAGUCCUGAAAUAUCAUGUUCAUAAUAUUUGCAUGUAAUUCCUUUGGAAUUCUUGAUAUAACAACAGCUUAUUAUUAAGAACUGAAAGCUUUCUGCUUAAGUAUUAUAGUGCUACAGAGAAGUGUAGUAACUGGUGAAAGUUAAAUCCAAAGAGAGAAAUUACAACAAGAUGACAAACUAACAAACCCCCAGAUAAUAACCAACGUUUUUUCAUUAGGAGGGAGGUUUUGCAGUUACCUCCUUUGCUGGUAUACCUUUUCCACUUCAAACUUUCUAUGCCCACGUCAAUUUAACAAUUUAGUAGUGGUGUUAACCAUGGGCCCUCCAUAGUCUUGUACUGUACUUGCUCCAAUUCAUUUAUAUAUUUUUGUCUGACCAAAACAAAGGCUAAAUAUACACCAAGUUCAGCUAGUCAAUCAUUCUUUAUGGCAAAUCUGACUCGUUUUGUUUUUAAGUGUCUUACAGUUUGAGCAUUUGUGGUUGUUUUGUCUUUUGAGCUUGUAAAUAUCAGAGUACAGGCAAUUUAACCACGAAAUCCAUUGCUCAUUAGACUUUUGUUUUUAAGUCCAUUGUUUUACCUUAAACUCUGUCACAUGAGUUCCUGUGCUGCUUUAUGAGUGUCAGGGGCCACAUGUGGUUGAGUUGGGGAGGAGGCUAAUCAAAAACAUUCCAGCUAGCUCUGCAGCCUAGUACAUGCAUCACAGAAAGAUUGCAUAGGUCUAACCAGGAGUGAGGUAAAGUGGAAUAAGGAAUGUGAUCAGUAAUUAGCCUCAGACUAGUGAUCACCUGCUGUAAAUCCUUGUUCCAAGUCCAAAGGUGUAGACCCCCUCUCAAUUCAGGAGCAUUUUCAUCAAGAGGGAUUUCAAUGUUAAAGUGGCAGUCAUAUUGCGUUUGCAUUUCAGUAGAAGCUACUUCUCAGUUUGAUUUCACAGCUGACUUCUGGUGACUUGAUAUAGGCAUUUAGAAUGUAAAUUAUACGGUUGCAGUGUUUUCUUUUUCAUCUUUCAACCGUGACAGUAAUUCAUCCACCAUGAAACUUCAGGGAUAGUUUAUAACCUGUUGGUACUAUUGUGGAUUUCUCUAUGCUAAAUGCAAAACACUAGCUUCCUACCCAAGAUUUUUGUAGUGGUGAAAGGGGGGAAAUCCAGAUUUUCAGAUACUUCUUGUUUAAAGGUAGAGGUGUUUUAAUGUUAAUGAUUUUAAAGAUUAGCUUUUUGAAUAUGUAUGAGAAACCGCAUGUUUAGUAUGAAAGAUAAAAGCUUGUUCCAAAUUUCCAGUUUAGUUUCUAAACCAAAGCACAUAUUGAAUGAUGAAUUGAUGUGAUGAUAAAACAAAUAGUGUAUAUGAAAUAUUUGUUUCCAUUGUUUACAUAAACUCUUAUGUCAUACCUCAGGCAAGGAGAGGUCAGUUGAAGCGGGUACUUAAUUUGUCCAUUUUUAGUGUAUUGUUAGACCUUUAACAAUUAAAGUAACUGCAUGUUUUUUUUAUGGCAUUUUCUGCUGAUGUAUUUAGAAAAAUACUUCAUUCAUUCAUUGAUUGUGACCAAACAAAUGUUUUACAGAGAAAGGCGAUGAAGAUUUGUUGUGUAGAAGUAUACUAGAAAUAAACAACCCCUACAGAUAAAAUAUAAAUUUUUUCAAAUGAAAAGUCAGGGAUUUUGUUACUAUUCUGUCUUAUUGUGCUCUAAUUUAUAUAUUUUUGUCUGGGUUUUUAGAACAAGCUUAGACUGGCCUCUCCUUAAACACAGUUUUAAAAAUAUUGGCAGUGGUCACUUUUAUAUCUGUCUUUUGAAGAAUGUAUUUAUUAGUUUCCCUCAGUUUUUACCUCUUGAUGAGAACCAUAUAUGGUCAAUAUCAGGAUAGGGUGUAACUACUUGUUCAUCUUACAGAAAGAUGACACAAAGCAUUAAAGGUAUAGUACGCUUCAAAAUCAAAGGUGGUCUGAAAAUGUAUUUCUAUGCACCAAAGAUUUUUUCAUUUAGUCUAGUUUGUAUUUUGCUAUAUUCGUUGUUUUUUUUUACUCCUUUACUAUCCAACACAUUAAUAAACUAGAUCAUAUCAGCAGCCCUCAAGUCUAAUUAUGUUGAAAAGUUACUUGAUAUAUGGCUGCUCUUGCCAGUGGCAGCUAAUAUGAACAUUUUACAGAAUAGAUAGGGACUAACUUAAAAAUUUGGCGUGUACUAUCCUUUUAAAAACGUAGCCAUAAUCCAGGUCAAACAGUGACAUCUUUUUCUAUGAUGAAUAACUUAGCCCAAAGCAUGAGGAAUACAAAUAUGAUAAAAAAAAAAAAGCUUAUUUGUUUUGUGGUUCUUGUAUGUCGUUUCUGAGUAAACC